UUCGAACGCGAGCUUUACGCGGGAAAGCACGUGCUGUUCGAUUACGGAAUUAUAGUUCUAUUUUUGAAAAUUAUUACUUUUAAUUUUGUUCUGUGUCUGUAGAGAAAUUUAGUUUUUAUUUUUAAGUUGUGACUUGGAUUUUCGUUCAGUGUUUUGAAAUAAGAACACGAGUGUGUGGUGUCCCAAUGUGUCCUUGGAUUUUAAAGUUUGGAACACUGUGCAAUAAGGGAUUACAUACCUUGAGAAGGGAUUAAAAGGAAUUGAUCACAAUGCUGAAGUGGGCCGUAUACAGUAAAAAGAACCAAGAUGAUCAGGUUAAACAUACAGAAACAGACCCCAGCGACCAGCUUAAUGGUCCAUACUUCAAUAGGCAGAUCAGAAGGUCACUGGACGCACCAUCCGUGAAGAAGAGCAAAAAACCUAGCAGAUAUCAGAGACGCUCCAUAGGAUCUACAGCUAGAAAGAAUAACAUCAAAUAUGUAGACAAAGAAAACAUUAACAGCAUUAGGAGCACUCCAAAUUACUUCAAAGAAGGCUUCGUUAAGAAAGCAGAUGGAAUAGCCCUGAAAGAUGUUAGCAAUAUAACGCCUACAUCAACGCCAGGCAAGAAUGUAGACAAUAGGUUAUAUUUUGUUAAUGAUUGUAAAUAUGACAAGCCAGAUCUGCCACCCACACCUCCUACUUACAGCAGACGCGUCAGAGAAGCGAAAAAAAGGAAACUGGAGAUGAAUAGUAACAACAAUAAUCUCAACCACUCGUUAGUCCGUAACGGAUGUACCACGAAGUCGGAACGAAGAAUAGUGUUCACACCAGAUACAACUCCAAGACUCACUCACAGCACUUCAGAGCCAUCUCUGAACGACUUGUCAGAUAAAAUUAGUCAUUCGCUGAUAAGUCAAAGAAAUUCAUUAAUCCUUGCGCAACAUACCAAAGCUCAAUGUGUCAGUACUACCACGACGGCUAGCCAAGGAAUUGUAGAAAUUGAAUACGAUGAAGAUUUAAUACUUAAUUGUAUAGAAAAACCAGUAACACCUCCCAAGAAUGCGGGUGAAAUAAUCACUUUGCCAAUAUUUGGUCACCACAUUUUUCUAGAAAAUCCAUUGUAUUUUAAUAAAAAUGAAACCAUAUUAACAAAUAUCAGACCUCUAAAAAGAACGAGGAAAAAAUCCAACGAAUUUGAAAGCUCUUUUAAAUCACCAAGCGUUGAUAAGAAAGAUGCACAUAGUUUGGUCAGAGAAGGUUGUUCCCCUGUUUCAAUGACACCUUUGUCUGUGAAACUAGCUGAUCUAAGAUUCAGUGCUAUGAGUACUCACAGUAAAUCACAACGAGCUAGGUUCAACCCAGAACUGACAGAAUACUUUCCAAAAAUUGAGCACCCAUACAACAUACCUUUCAGAGAUGAAGAAGCUUCGACUGAAAUGGAAAAUAAAUUCAUUUUGAGCAAAGAGUCAAUAAAUAAUGAAACUGGAUCGACUGUGUCUACGACUCAAAUGGGAGAUAUCACAUUAGAUAAAAUGAUCGAAGAUAUUAUAAAAAGUACCAAAAUUCUUAGAACAAAGCGAAGGAUAUUGACAAGGCCAGAUGAAAGUCCAAUUUCAGAACCUUUAGAAACAAAUGAAGUAUUUGUCAAUUCUGUUGAACAAUCUAAAGGUGAUAUUAUUAAAGAAGCAAGAUAUGUGAACUUAUCAAGGAAUAACUCUGUUUCACCCACGAACAGCCCUAAAGCUACCAAAAUCAAACCAGUUCACCGAGUCAACGAACGAAUUUUGAAGAAACUUCCAUUAGGCUGCGUGAUUCUAGAUGAUGGGGAUGGUUACAAUGAAAGAGAAGUAAAAACACCAGAAUUUGUUGUUCCAAAGCCAAAACUUCGCUCCAAAGACCGCAAAACUAAUUUGAGUAGAUCACAAUCUAUGAGCGUCACAAAAUCUAUAGAGAAAGGAAACCUAGAGCAGUUUACCUCAGAGUCAACUCCUGAUUUAUUUUCCACCAUAAUUUCUGAUCCUCAUCUCAGACUAAAAAGGCAAAGGUGUAUUCGAAGGAAAAAAUCGACCGCUAGUAAUGAAAGUUGUAAAUUAAAACCUAGUGAACCAAAAUCAAUACUAACACUAGAAAUAGGAUUACCUAGUCCGGCCACCGCACUCCAAAACGUGUCAGUCACAGAUGCUAUGACUUCAUACAUAGAAGAGAACGAAGAACAGGAAACUUCCAUACCUAAGCGCCUGAGUUCCUCAUUUAAAUCCAACGUAUCUCACAGCAGCGUCCUAUCGCACCACCCUUGUGAUGAAAACCACAAAAGGCCGAGAGAAAUGUUCGGGCUAACUCUAGAGAACGGUAUACCCAGUCCCAUAACUCCAAUAUCUAGCUUGAAAAGGCCUAGCGGGAAACUUAGCGAGGAGCGCGCUAACAAGAGCAGUAAACUAGAUGAUGAGUUCAUGAGUGCAGAUGCUUUCACACCCGUCAUAGAGCACAAGUCAUCAAGGAGGUGUCUGACGUACUCACCAGAGGAAGGUAGCAUCAGCAGCAGCGAGGAGAAGAGAAGUAGCGUCGCCAGCAACCGCUUAGAGCAAAGUGCUGAUCGCUUCCAGCUCAAGGGAACCAUAGACCUGGAGAUCUUUACAAGGAAUGACGUCAUUGACGUACACGUUAUCCGUUGUCGCGAUCUUCAGAGGCCCUGUGGAAGUACGGAUGAUAUCAAUGCGUAUGCAAAGGUGGUCAUCAGUGGUCUUCCUGACUACCCAACACUGCCGUCCCAAAGGUCGAUAUUCCAGAGGACCUCAGUGCUCUAUGGGAAGAGAGAGCCCGAGUUUCAAAGACACCUAAAGCUGCCGCUUCCCACUGCUGUCUAUGAUCAUCAGAUACUGCACAUAUCAGUGUGGCAUCGGGAUAAGAAAUGCAGGCGGAGCGAGUUUCUAGGAUGUGUCUCGUUCCCACUGAAAGAUGCAGUUAAGGGUGACCUGUCCGGCACCUACUUCCUGCAGUCGCAAGUGUCUGGGCGGGGGCAGGAGGCGCGGGGGCAGGAGGCGAGGGGGCAGGACCGAUGCCCCAGGGACGGUAGCGUGACCGACGGCAGACAGAAGAUGGCCACCGACAACGUGGAGGGCACCAGCACCAACGAUGACUCCGCCAAGGAGAAUCACUAUGAUAAAGGCUUGGCAUCCAACUGCACAGGCUCAGUGGUGUCCGGAGUGCCGCCGGCGAAGGGCGUGACUCCAGCGCUGCAGAAGGAAGCCGACGAGCACCUGUUCCUCAGAUACCUGGAGCUCGACCCGCCUGAUGAUGCAGCGGCGCCGAAGAAACCGGCUAGGCCUGGACGCACUCCCUUCACUACGACUAAAAAGCUAGCCCGAGGGUCGGCUGGAGGCUUCGGCUUCACAGUGAUCUGGACCAAGCCCCCGCGCGUGGAGCGUCUGGCCCCGGGGGGCGCCGCCGAGCGCGCCGGCCUCAAGAUCGGGGACUACAUCGUCUUUGUGAACAACAAGAAUGUGGUCCUGUUCGAGCAGGAGGAAAUCAGGAAUUUGAUCAAAUCAGCAGGCCCGGUCCUGAAUCUGGAGACGUUCAGGCGUGUUCCAUACAAUGGCACAGGUCCUCGGCCGCUGCCGGCGCCGCUGGCCGCGCCGUCGCUGCCCCCCUGCUCGCCCCCCGCGGCCCCCCGGUCCCCGCGCGCGCCCCCGUCCCCCGCCGCCCCCGCGCGCCCCGCCACCGCCUGCUCCUCCACCAGCCAGUCCCUCGACAGACGCAAGCUGCAUCUACCGCAAGUCACCUUCUCCAAGGAGACGCUCCCACUGGCGCCAGGGUUGACAACAGACGCUCGGAGACGCGCCCUGAUGGCGGUGGUGGCGCGCGAGCAGCACUACGCGACAACCCUGCAGUUCGGCAUGAUCCGCUUCGUGUCACCCCUGGCGGAGCGAGCUGAUCUGAUCAGCCUGAAUGAUCACCAACUGCUGUUCCAGAAUAUUGAGGAGAUCCUGAGGCUGACGGAAGACAUCCUCGAAGCCGUGGUCCAGGAGGAGUCCGAGUUCCACACGUCCACGGUGGUGGCGGUCUACCUGCAGAAGACCCCUCUGUUCCUUAGUCUUUAUAAGAAGUACUGUUUAGGACUCAAACGGGCUGACUGCGUCUUAGUAAAGAAAUCCAAGGACCCGAGCGGCGCGUUCUCCCGCUUCUGUACCAGCCCGCCCAUCCCGCGACGGAGGCCCGACAUCACGUCGCUGGUGCACAAGCCCCUGGAGCAGUUCCGGGAACUCCUGAGGCUGAUGAGGGCAGCCGUCGCCGCGGCUGGCGCAGGGCCGUAUGACGCGCUCGAGAAGAAACAGCUGCAGCUUAUUGUUGAGCAGUUGCAGCAUGCGUACCAAGACGUGACAGCGGGGUCAGGGCUGAUGGGGCUGGCGGGCGACGGGAAGCCGCUGCUGUCAGUCGCGGACUUGGAGAGUAGACUAGUGUUCACUAGGUGUAAGCCCUUCGUUCUAAGUAUACCGGGUCGGCAAUGGAUCUUUGGUGGCGAGCUCUCGAAGGUGGAAGGUCGAGCCAUCAGGCCCUACUGGGCGCUGCUGUUCACAGACCUUCUUUUGUUCGCCACAGUCUCCCGAGACAGGGUCCUGUUCGUCACGGAAGAACCAGUGGCCCUGGGCUCCGUGUCGGAUGCGCAAUUCAACGUUAGGAAAAAGGCCAUCGAGUUCCGGUUAAUCCUGGGCCGGCCUGGUGGCGACAGUCCCCUGGUCUCCUGCUCUCCCAGGACUCCUUUUAGAACGCGCACGAUUGUGCUCCGGGCACCCUCGAUAGACCUGAAAGCUGUUUGGCAGAGCUUACUCCAGCGACAGAUUUACCGCGCGCACACCAUGAGCACGCCGCUCGGGUCGCCGCUGGACUCGCCGGACCCGCAGCUGACGUUCUCCCUGGCCACCCUGGACUCGCAGCAGCGCCAGACGCGAAGGAGCUCAGUGGAGACGCAGACGUGCGCGGGGGGGAGCGCGACGGAGGGGGCGAGGAGCGUGAGGAGCAAGGGGUCCACGCUGCAUCUGCAGCGGUGGAUGACCCAGCUGCCCGAGUCCGAGGAGAUGGACCCACCAGACCAAGAGAUGGAGACGUGGAGCGUUGAAGAAUUGCGGAAGAGGUCAAAAGAGUUAAAUCUUUUGGAUGUGGCGGAACUGAUUCCGUCAGCUGGUGACAAAGGAACUUCUCCUGGUGAGAAAAAAGACGUAGACAGAAGUCCCUCAAAAAGCAGCAACUCUGGAAGCCAAAUCACUGUUCGAACUAGUCCAGUAGUAGUUGACACCAUCCCAGUAUGCCGACAGUGCCAUAAAAAGUGUUUGUCUAAACCCAAUAGUCCUUUAGUUUCCCAAAGAGAAACACCAGUACCAGAGAAAGGAAAGAAUGAAGUAUCACCACAAAAUUCUAGCUCCAGUAAAUCUAAAAGCCCUUGUAGUGCCAGUUGUGGCAAUUAUAAAAACAGACACUUAUUAGAGAGAAAAAAUGCAAUAAGAUUGCGCCCUGAAGACGUCCCAAAAGCGGCCUUAAAAGUCAUAGACUCUAUCGAGCAAAGUCAGAGAAUGUUAAAAUCUACUUCUUACGAUCUAAAACAUGAAUCCCCUGUACUGAGUAGAUGCAUAUCUAGAAGUCCUCAUAAUAAAAGCCAAUUGGAAUUAAGAAAUAACUAUUUACGAUCACCCAGCCCUUCAUCAAGCAGUAGAAAUAAUAGUCCCCUUUCAACUAGCCACACCACCUGUAGUUCGAUGGUAUUUAAUUCUAGUUCCAACGAUCUUAGAAUGUCAAGUUCUAACAUACCAAAUCAAGUACAGUGUGUGAUAGCACAAGAAAAAUAUAUAAAUGAAGUAAAGUGUGUAGAGAGUAUAACACUAACAAAAAAUAAAGGAAACUCGUUACAUCGCAAUUUGCCGUCACCUUCAUCUGUAAGAAAGGAACAGAUAACUAGACAAAAAGCAGAGAAUGUUUUGAAUAAAGUAUUAGGUAUGAAUAUCAUAACCAAAAGAGAAAAUGUUGGAACUUGUUUGAAAUCUAUGUCAGUAUUCUUAAACGAUGACUCUUUGCAUGACGAUGACUAUAAUCCUAAAGUAGAGAGCCGGAUGAGACGGUCACCAAGAAUGGGUGUUUCAGCUGUCAGUAAAAUGAACGGAGACAUUAGCAAAAAGACUGAUAGGUAUGAAGAUGUAAAUGCAAACACCCGAAACAGCGAAACUUCGGAUGAUGAACUGGAGCUAGGACCGUUAAUGUUAAUGGGUUUAUCUGCAAUAAAUCCCGCAACCCAUUUGAUGCAAGUAGACCCUUUCAAACGAUCAACCUCUUAUUCGAAUACACUAGUGCAAUCAAGACCUGGAAGCCUUGGAUCGAUAAAAUCGGAGUCACCUGUGCCUAAUAUAAGUGUUGUGCCACCUACCCCAGAUUUUAAUUCAAUAAAUAAGACUGAUGUCCACAUAGAUGAUUCCCCAGAUUCUCCAGAUUUGCCUGAAGAACCUCCCUAUGUUUCCCUUAAAAGAUACGGUACUCUGUCAAGCUUAGAAAGGUUUCCUUCAGAUGAAACUGACGACGGAAAUGUACCAAUAAGACUGAAUUCAGAAGAACCUGACUCGGCCAGAAAUGGGACAGACGCAUCUGCAGCUGGUGCUGGUGGCAUCAUGGGCUGGACAGCUCGAGCUGGGUCAUUUGUUGUAGAAAAAAUGAACAUUUUUAGUUACACUGAAAGUGUACCUAAUACUUCGCAAGCACUGAAACAACCAUCUUUCUUAGAAAGGUGUUUGGGUGUCAGUGACUGGAAGGCAGCCCUGGGUACAGAAGAAGGCUGUACAACAGAAACAGGGGAAGGCAGUGGAGCGAGUGGAGAAGACGCGUGGGGCACUCCAUCAUCGGGAGAUCUGUCUGACAAUCUACCCGACUCUGAACAUGGAACUUUAUCCUCACCUACAAAGUCUUCUUCCUCGUAUGCUGGCGAUGAUGACACAGAGCUGAUGAUGGAUGAGCUACUCAUGGCACCAACUAUAACUGGACCAACCACCUUACGGCCACUAUUGCCAAGGGAUAUUUUCAGGAGGCGUUUGGAACCCUUGAUGGAAGAAGAAUGCUCAGAUAGUGGCAGUGAAGACAACAAACCAACUCCAACCAAUCCCGAGGAACAGGGCAGCGCGCGUGGCCGCUCUGCUGACGUCUGCUGCGUCGCGCCGCCCCGACCGUCCUCUGCUUUUCUAACAGGGGCAAGGGACGGGGGUGCGGACGGCGCGCAGCUACCAGCAAGCUUUGUUGGCGGCGCCGUGAGAGGCAGCCCCGACCGGACGCCAACGAACGAGGUGCCUUCGAUGCUCUUACCAUCUGUUUCAAGAGAAUGUGCGGAGGCGGCGGCAGCUGGUGCCGCUGCUGCCGCUGCCGCCGCGCGUCGGGACUCGGCCAGUUCAGCCAGCACGCCCUCCACACUCGACCGCACCACCAUCCACAACCCGCCGGAGCCAACUCCGGAGUCACACGCAUCAACGGACCCUCCGGCUACGGAGCCGGCGUCGCCUACGGCCGCGGCCACGUCUGGCGAUGCAGCCCCGCAGCUGGAGCGCCUGACACCUCGAGCGGAGAUGAGACUAGCUCUGGACCAGGGGAAGGAUAUGCUAGCCGACCAGGAGGUAUCUUGGGGUGGCGCGUCAGACCACUGGUCGUUUCGCGCGGCGUGCCAGCGGUCGCUACUCCGGCGGGUGGCGAGCGCGGACGCGGUGACGGUGCACGUGGCCCCGCCGCCCCCCGGGGCUCCGGCGCGGCCCUCGCGUCCAGCGCAUCGCACCGCGCCACAUACUACUUCUCACAGUUCUGUAUAUGCUUGGAAGGUUCCGGAAAGCGAGAAGCCUAUGGAGAUGGAGAGCCUGGCGCGAGUGGAAGCUCAGACGAUGCGUUCGCGGACGCACUCUCUAUGCCAGAACGGGAAGAUAAUGGGGUUCCUCCGACGACGAGCCUCCUCGGAUAGCCCCCGCCGGGAGCCGCUGUUCGGCACCCCCCGCCCCUUCUCCCCCCGCCGUACUACUGAGAAACAAUUUGAGAAGAGGUUUUGGAAACAGGUGAUGAGAAGACGGGAGUCGUGCGGCGCCAUCAGCCAGAUAUAGUGGGUGAGUCGCAAGUGACUCGCCACACAUUUGCCAAUAGUGACUGUAUUUGAAAAACUGCUUAUUUUGGUCAUACGUGUGCUGGAAAAUUUGUAGUUAGGUGCUAGGUAUAAAUU